AUGGCUGCCGACGUCCGGCAGUACACCGUACGGAAGAGGCCGGCACAAGGAGCCGGGCCACCGCGGCCUCCCAAGAGGCCCCAAGCAGCCCCACCGAGCGAGCCGACUGGGUCGGGGGUGGAGCCCAUCAUUGCAAUGUCGGCGUUGAUGGUGCUCGUCGAAGUCCCGUUCGAGGGACCAUCGGCCGAGGGAGCAGCCUCGCCCGAGGGAAGGGUGACCGAAGAAUCGAUCGAGGACGUGCCUGCCGUUCAGCCGGCAGAGGAGGUCCGAGAGGAGGAGGCGCAUGAGCCCGAGCGACCCGCAUCCGCUGCUGCCGCAUCUUCGGGGGAUACUCGGUCGGGCUCAAGCAUGCCAUCCUUCUCCGACAUCAAGGCCUGGCUGUCCGCCCGGGGGAAGGCCCCGAUGGCGCUCGACGACGAAGGAAGCAUUGUUCCGCCAGAGUCGGAGGCCCCAGUUGCGGAGGAGACGGCCGACCCAUCGCCGGGAGGUCCCACCACCAGGGCGGAAGCUGAAGCAGAUGCGGAGCAAGCCACCGAAGAUCAAGCGGCUCCGACUCCUGAAGCCCAAGUAGAUUCACCGACUGUCCCCACUCUCCGCCUGAUGGAAGAGGUCGAUUCUGAGGACUAG